AUGGUACAACCCGACCUUGGUACUCACGGCAUGCAAGUCGACAGUGAGGAGGAACACGACGGAACAGAUGGCGCAGAAUCAAUCAGAACAUCAUCACCGCCCGACGCAGCUCUUCAGCCCAUUCACGAGAACGGGAGAAGAUAUUGCAACGAGAUAUACUUCAUGCCGAACGAUGAGCCCGAGCAAACCCGUUUGAGUAUUGUCCAUCAGGCGUUUCUAAUCUUGCUGGAUGGCAAAUUGACCACAGCCUCCCUGCCACCGGACGGCCCAGAUUAUGUGUUGGACGUCGGUACCGGGCCAGGGGACUGGGCUGUUGAAAUGGGACAACGGUAUCCUAAUACAGAGAUUUUCGCUACAGAUAUCAGUGUUUUUGAUGGUGGUCCGGUGAUGAUUGGUCCUCCCAACGUUCACUUCCAGCUCGACGAUGCCGACGAUGAGUGGACAUAUCACAAACCAUUCGACUUCAUCCAUUUUCGAGGCUUGUCCGGCGCAUUUAGAGAUUGGCGAGGUGUAUACGAGCAAGCCUUCAAGCACCUAAAACCAGGCGGAUAUAUUGAAGUAAUCGACAGUGACCCAGCGGCAGAUAUAGUGACAUUCGCCAAUCCGAACCCAGACUCUUAUCAUAAUAUCUACGUCUCUGCCAUGCGGACCGCCGCCGAUUCCUUGGGCUAUCCACGUGGUCGUGAACAUUUGGAUUGCUCGCUGCUGACGUCGAUAGGGUUUGUGGAUGUCAAGGUUCAGGAUAUGACUGUCCCAAUCGGGACAUGGCCACAAGACGAUCGGCAGAGAACGCUGGGAAAGAUGGUCCUUAUUUCGUGCUUAGAAAGUCUGGAAGCGCGGAGUCUGAGACCGUUGACUGCCACUGGCAGAUGGAAAGUGGACGAUGUACGAGAUCUUUGCGAAAAGGUGAAGCAAGAGUUGAUGAAAUCUGAAGGGUUGACUAUGUCUGUGCGAUUUGUGACAGCGCAGAAGCCGGCGAAUUGA